AUCUAAAGAAGCGGUAAGAAGAAGAAGAAGAAGAAGUUCAGAAAACGCCUCCAUCCAUUAUUAUCGGUUGUGUUGGAAUCUUGUUCGCGUCUCUCAAACAACAAACACUUCUCCCAACUUCUUCUUCACACCCACCCACCGACCCACCCAACCCAAAUGAUUCUCCCUUGAUGACAACCCAGAUCAUGUUUUACAUGAUCUCAGUCAUCUCUUAAAAACCCCUUUUUUUAUAGAUAUAGAUCUCAACGCAUGACGAUCCGGACUUUGAUCCAGGAAAUGCGGUCCAGGCCACACCGUGUGGUCCACGACGCCGCUUCGAUUUCUACUGUUUCAGACUCUUUCAGCUGGGAGGAGCUUCCGGAGGAGCUGCUCAGAGAGAUCCUGAUUAGGGUUGAGACUGCUGACGGCGGCGAUUGGCCGUCGCGAAAAAACGUGGUGGCUUGCGCCGGCGUUUGCCGUAGCUGGAGAAUUAUAACCAAGGAGAUUGUAUCUGUUCCUGAAUUCUCCUCUAAAUUGACUUUCCCCACUUCCCUCAAGCAGCCUGGUCCAAGGGAUUCUCUGGUUCAAUGUUUCAUACUACGUAAUCGGAAUACGCAAUCGUAUCAUCUCUAUCUCGGCUUAACCAACUCUUUGACGGAUAACGGGAAAUUUCUUCUUGCUGCUUCUAAGCUUAAGCGGGCAACUUGCACUGAUUACAUCAUCUCUUUGCGUUCAGACGAUAUGUCAAAGAGAAGCAACGUUUAUCUAGGGAGAGUGAGAUCAAACUUCCUUGGAACAAAAUUCACGGUCUUUGAUGGUAAUCUGACGCCACAGACUGGAGCAGCCAAGAUGCAGAAGAGCCGUUCUUCUAAUCUCAUCAAAGUUUCACCUAGAGUUCCUCAGGGAAGUUACCCCAUCGCUCACAUUUCAUACGAGUUAAACGGCUUAGGUUCUCGGGGACCAAGAAGAAUGCGUUGCAUUAUGGAUACAAUACCUAUGAGCAUUGUGGAGUCCCGGGGAAGAGUAGCUUCAACGUCCAUAAGCUCAUUAUUCAUCCGUCCAUCACCGUUCUUGAGAUCUCAUUCAAAACCCGUGCGCAGCAAUAGUGCAUCUUGCAGCGACUCAGGCAACAACCUGAGAGACCCACCGUUGGUGCUGAGUAACAAGACUCCACGAUGGCACGAGCAGCUACAAUGUUGGUGCUUAAAUUUCCAUGGUCGAGUCACAGUGGCUUCGGUUAAGAACUUUCAGCUUGUUGCGGUUAGCGAUUGUGAAACAGGGCAGCCGUCUGAGAGGAUCAUACUCCAGUUUGGGAAAGUUGGCAAAGACAUGUUCACCAUGGAUUAUGGAUAUCCGAUUUCUGCGUUUCAAGCGUUUGCAAUUUGCCUGAGCAGUUUUGAAACCAGAAUCGCCUGUGAAUGAAUGAUGAAGAGACUAACCUUAAUUCACCUGCGUGUACUUGUUGUUGUGGUCUGUAGACUAGAUGGUCAAAAAUCUCAGGAUCGUGAUAGUUUUCUAUUGACUUCUCGUGACAUUAUAUAUCUUUCUGUAGUAUUUAUUUUUGUCUUUGCUGCAAGGAGGCUUACCUGAAAUAGGCAAACGUUACAUCCUUUUGUGAAAUUUACAAAUAAAGAUUAUUUACUCUGCUGUA